CAAUACACUGUUAUCGGUACACUAAAGCUGCCUUCAUAUCGACUUGUUAUCAGUCAAGAGGCCGCUCUCUCAGUGUUCGCUUCUGUUGAGAGUGUUUGUUUAAACUUGCGAGUUACCAUGGCGAGCAUUCCAGCCCCCAUCCGCAAUCCUGAAGUGAAAUAUACACAGAUCUUUAUCAACAACGAGUGGGUAAACUCUGAGAGCGGCAAGACGUUCCCCACCAUCAACCCGACCACGGGGCUGAAGAUAUGUGACGUACAGGAAGGCGAUAAGGCGGAUGUAAACAAGGCAGUAGCGGCGGCCAAGGCGGCGUUCCAGUUUGGCUCCCCCUGGCGGAGCAUGGACGCAAGCAAAAGGGGACUACUCCUGAAUAAACUGGCCGACCUCAUUGAGAGAGACAUCGUCUAUAUCGCGAGCCUGGAGACGUUAGAUAACGGCAAGCCGUACAAGGAGUCAUACAACGUUGACGUUUGGGGCUCCAUCAAGCAGUUACGUUACUUCGCCGGCUGGGCAGACAAAAUCACGGGAAAAACUAUCCCUGUUGACGGCGACUUUUUGUGUUACACAAGACAUGAACCCGUCGGAAUCUGCGGUCAGAUCAUUCCUUGGAACUUCCCCAUCAACAUGUUCACAUUGAAGAUCGCCCCCGCCCUCGCCUGUGGUAAUACAGUUGUCGUAAAGCCCGCGGAGCAGACUCCGCUCACCGCCCUCUACAUGGCGGCGCUAGUCAAGGAGGCUGGUUUCCCUCCUGGUGUGGUGAACGUGGUUCCGGGCUACGGGCCCACCGCUGGGGCCGCCCUAACGGAACACCCGGAUGUGAGGAAGAUUGCAUUUACUGGCUCCACUGAGGUUGGUCAGAUAAUCAUGGCAGCUGCUGCCAAGAGCAAUCUGAAACGCGUGACCUUGGAGCUCGGGGGCAAGAGUCCCGUCGUCAUCUUCAAGGACGCAAAUCUUGACUACGUGGUCGAAUACGCGCACCAGGCGUUGUUCUACAACAUGGGCCAGGUGUGCACUGCAGGCUCGCGGACCUACGUGCACGAGGACAUUUACGACGAGUUCGUCAAGCGAGCCGUGGCACGUGCGCAGGCGAAAAAAGUCGGAGAUCCUUUUGAUAACAACAACGAAUCUGGUCCGCAGGUAAGUGAGGAGCAGUUUGAGAAGAUCCUGUCUUUAAUUGAGAGCGGCAAGGCGGAAGGUGCCAAGCUGGAGUGUGGAGGGGCCAGGCUGGGUUCUGAGGGCUACUUCAUCCAGCCCACCGUCUUCUCAGGGGUCACUGACAACAUGCGCAUCGCCAGAGAAGAGAUUUUCGGGCCCGUGCAGCAGAUAAUCAAGUUCAAGGACAUGGACGAAGUGGUGGCACGCGCCAAUGACACGAACUACGGUUUGGCGGCCGCUUGCUUCACCAACGACCUUAACACCGCCAACACCUUCACCAGCAGAGUCGAGGCAGGAACCGUCUGGGUCAACGCCUAUCACUAUAUAUCUGUGGCGGCACCUUUCGGAGGUUACAAAAUGUCGGGCAUCGGCCGAGAAAUGGGAGAAUACGGAUUGUCGCAAUAUACAGAAGUUAAAAACGUGUUGGUGAAAACACCAAACAAGUUGUGAAUUGUCGAAGAGGAAAGCAUUACAUACAGGGAAAACAUACCCUGCAUACUGCAUGGUGCCUGGAUUGUAGUGACGCCUUCAUUGAAGUAGUGUAUUGUCAAAAAUAGUAUUGUGGAACAAUUUUCUGUAAAACAAAUUUGACUUGAACAUUGUUUGUGGUCCAUCGGACAAUAUGUUAGUACCAUGCAUAAUAAUUGUUAUAUAUUAGCCAUCAUCACAUAGAUAAGAAAAAGAACGAAGUCCAUACCACAAUUUAACUCAGGUGACAGCAAAUGUAGAUUUUGUAAUCUAUAUGUGGUAGAAAAUACCAGUUUUAUCAAUAUGUCUUUUAUACAGGAAUUAUGGUAUAUUAGGAUACAGAUAUAAGGAAAACAUAUUUCCAACGUUAAACAAUUUUGAUAUGUUAAUUCUCAGAAUUUGAUGAAGAUAAUUAAUAUCAAAGUUAAAACGAUACUAUUUAUGUUACCAAGCAGUAAAUUCUUUGUUAACUUAUAUAAUUACCUAUUGUAUUAAUAGUUCUUGCAAUCCAUUUCACUUGUGUUAUUUUGUAUUUUUUAUAUUUCUCAUAAGCAAGUGUAUACUUUAGAGCUUAUACAUGUUGUUGUUGUAAAGUUAUACAACAUUUUGUUAUAUGGGUGCUGAACCAUUAAUAUUUCAUCAUAUUUCCAUUGCAUAUGCUUUCUAACAAAUUUCGUUAAAAUGAACGUAUUAAAUUAGGUGAAUGGACGGUAGGGCAUAUGUUCACCAAUGCAGGUAACAUCUGACACUUAAUCGUGAAGAAAUGCAUACAAACGUCUUAGAAAUGCAAUAUACAGUACUUAUUUAUAUGUUCAAACGUUUAUCAGAUAAAUAUAUAACUUUUA